AGAUACACAAUGCCAAAAGAAUGUUCAGUGAUAAUCAGUCCUUAUACAAUUAUGAUAUCGUCAAUAUUUCUACUAUGUCUUAUACUUUCACUACUUGGAAAUGCAAUUGUGAUCCUCACAAUCCUCGGAAAAUCACAUCGAUCCAGAAGCAUCACAAAUUUCUAUCUUCUCAACUUGGCAUUUGCAGAUCUUCUUCGUAGUAUUAUAUGUAUUCCAAGUACACUUCUUGGUGAAUUGACACAAUGUUGGCUCCUUGGUGCCGCCAUGUGUAAAAUUGUCGCAUUUCUUCAACCUGUCGGAGUUUGUGCAUCCGCGUACACUCUUGCUGUCAUUGCCAUUGAACGAUACUAUGCAAUUUGUCGACCAUUGGAAUCAAGAAAAUGGCAGACAAAGAAACGAGCACUGAUAACAAUUUCAUUGGUAUGGUGCUUCAGCUUCUCAGCCAAUUUAACAAGUCUUUUCCUCUACGACGCUAACCCUGGAAAAUUCACGUGUGACUCCACGAAAGGACCACUCGUUGAUUUUAUCUACCAACUUUAUUUAACUUUUACACUAUUAUUCGUACCUCUUGCCCUGAUGGUCGGUCUCUAUGGAAAUGUGAUAAUCACUCUGAAUACUGCCAUUAACAGUGAUCAUCCCACAGUUGAACAGCAGAUGAUUGAAAAAACUCUCCCGUCUCGUGCUUCAUUUUCGGAUUGGUUUGUUAGUGCAGUGCAACGAGUUCCAAGUAUGAAAGUUGUUUCAAAAACUUUUCAAUUCAAAGAGAAAAACUCUCUGUCAAUUCCUCAAACAAGCGGAUUGUCUGUUCGUCCCAGUAGAUCAUCGUUUUCAUCCUUUUUCUCAACACCACGUGGAUCGUUUGAUGUUACGAUGCUUUUAAGGAGCACAAAUCAAGAAAAGAUCCUGAUCGCCAAGAAGAAAGUGACCCGAAUGUUGAUAACACUUGUGAUUGUUUUUGCAUUUUGUUGGGUGCCAUCUUACCUGUAUUGGCUACUACUCAGAAUGGCUGAACUAGCGGCGACUGAUUUGUGGAAUCCUGGACUCAACUCAUCAUUGACAAUCAUGACAUACAUCAGCUCUUUGGCAAAUCCAAUCACCUACUGUUUCAUGAAUAAAUCAUUUCGCUCCUCGGUAUUAGCUUACUGUCGUCCAAAACCAAAACGCCCAUUGACUCGUUGCUCUGCUCUACCAACUCGUAAGAGCCCUUCAUCUCCAACUCAUGCUAUUCCAAUGAUUAAAAUUGAUCUUGUACUUGAUAGCAGUGUUCACAUUUAAUAUCAUUUUCUUUUUCUUAUUUGUUUUACUUUCAAUGAUCUCUUUGCAUUUUUUCUACAAGUAGGUUAUGAUCUCUUUUACGCGCCAAUUCUAGUCGUUUUCGGGUUGUAAAAAAUGUCAAAUGCCAAAUAAAUAUAGAAAUUGAAU